AUGAAUUUGAAAUGGGAAUUUGAUUUUCUUGAGAAACUGAAUAUAGGAGUUACAAAGAACGGCUCGUUAGUCGUUUGCUUCGGUGAAUUGUUGAUCGACUUCGUGUCGACAGUUGGGGGGGUUUCUCUAGCUGAAGCACCUGCUUUCAAGAAGGCUCCUGGUGGUGCUCCAGCUAAUGUGGCCGUCGGGAUAUCGAGAUUGGGUGGGUCGUCGGUUUUCAUAGGCAAGGUAGGCGAUGAUGAAUUCAGUUACAUGUUAGCUGAUAUAUUGAAACAGAACAACGUCGACAACUCCGGCAUGCAAUUCGACCGAAGUGCAAGAACCGCACUUGCAUUUGUUACCCUCAGAGCUGAUGGUGAAUGCAAGUUAUUGUUUUUCCGUCAUCCGAGUGCCGAUAUGCGUCUUCAUGAGUCGGAACUCAAUACAAACGUCAUCAAGCAGGCCAAGAUCUUCCAUUAUGGUUCGAUUAGUUUGAUCGAGGAACCGUGCAAGUUAACUCACCUGGCGGCAAUGAACAUGGCCAAGAGGUCAGGCAGCAUUCUCUCUUAUGAUCCGAAUUUAAGAUUGCCACUAUGGCCAUCAGCAGAUGCCGCUCAGAAAGGCCUAAUGAGCAUAUGGAACCAGGCAGACCUUAUUAAGGUAAGCGAGGAUGAAAUUACCUUCUUAACCGGAGGCGAUGAUGCUUACGGCCAUAAUGUGGUGAUGAAGAAGCUCUUUCAUCCCAAUCGGAUCAGCCGGUUGCGGAUAUUAUACCAAGGAACCCUUGAUCCUACUCUAGAAUAUAAACCUGAAUACAUAAUGUUCUCUUGCAGGGACCAAGCUAGCCUUCUCCACACAUGUAGAGUCAAUCAAGGGCUUAGCAGUCAGGUUCUUCUUGACAAGCUUGAGAAACUGAACUCGUAG